ACAGACAAUCCAUUCGUUAAUCAUCGUUUUAUGUGAAAGGUUGUGCUUGUUGGUGGUGUGUUUGCUUAAUUCUACAUAAAUAAAAUUUGCAAAAAUUUCUUGUGUAAAUAAUUUUUUUUUGUAUUUAACAAAAAUAAUAUAAAUUGAUUUUAAACAAAAGCAUCCUCAAAUCACUUUCAUAGCUUGACCUGAGCAGAUAUUUAUAAACAAAAAAACACACACAAAACAAUAACAAAAUGAGUGUCUCAGCCGCUCAUCAUCAGCAUUAUCUUAUGAACUGGCUUCAUAAGCUUUGUCUUGUUGUUUUGUUUUUGUUUGUUUUUAUGCAAACUGAUAAGAAUGGCGUAGCUGCUCUAAACAAAAACUAUCACUUGGGACGUUCUUGGCAUGGUUUCCUUGGUGAACCCAGUAAAAUUCCUACUUUACAAAGUACCAAUGAAGUUGUUGAUUUAUGGUUCGAACAACGUUUGGAUCAUUUUUCCGAUAAGAAUGCGGCCACCUGGAAGCAGCGUUAUUUCGUGAAUGAACAAUACUAUCGUAAUGAUACGACUGCACCUAUUUUCAUAAUGAUUGGUGGAGAAGCAGAAGCUGCCAAAAAGUGGAUGCAUGAAGGUGCCUGGAUACAUUAUGCUGAACAUUUUGGUGCUUUAUGCUUUCAACUGGAGCAUCGUUUCUAUGGCAAAUCGAAACCAACAAGUGAUUUAUCUACCUCCAACUUGCAAUAUUUAACCUCGAAACAAGCUUUAGCUGAUUUGGCAUCAUUCAUUUUGGCCAUGAAACAACAAUACAAUUUGGCACCCACCCAAAAAUGGAUUGCAUUUGGAGGUUCUUAUCCCGGUUCCUUAGCUGCAUGGGCUAGAGAAAAAUACCCCGAUUUAAUUUACGGAUCUAUCAGUUCAAGUGGACCACUAUUGGCUAAAGUUGAUUUUACCGAAUAUUUUGAUGUGGUUAGAGAUUCCUUGAAAAGCUAUAAGCCAGAAUGUGUGGAUGUUGUAAGUAAAGCUUUUGCUCAAGUGGAAAUUCUUAUGCGACACAUGAUUGGUCAACGUAAUUUAGAUGAAAAAUUCAAAACUUGUACCCCCAUUAAGGAUUCUAUUGAAAAUAGUUUAGAUAUUUCCAAUUUCUUUGAAAAUGUGGCUGGCAAUUUUGCUGGUGUUGUGCAAUACAAUAAAGAUAAUAGUCCUCAUGCCACUAUAACAAUAGAUCAGAUAUGUGAUGUCAUGCUUAAUACUACCAUGGGUCCACCCGUUACACGUUUGGCCGCUGUUAAUGAUAUGCUUUUAAAACAAUCCAAAGAAAAGUGUUUGGAUUAUAAAUACGAUAAAAUGAUUAAGGAUAUGCAAAAUAUAGCCUGGGAGUCGGAGGUGGCUAAGGGCAUGCGCCAAUGGACUUGGCAGACCUGCAACGAAUUUGGUUUUUAUCAAACUUCAGAAAAUAGCUCAUCCACAUUUGGUAAUCGUUUCAAUGUAGACUUUUUCAUUAAACAGUGUAUGGAUAUUUAUGCCGAUAGCAUGGAUGCCAAGUAUUUGAAUUCCGUGGUGGAAGAAACCAACAAGUACUAUGGUGGCUUAAAGCCUUCGACCACAAAUGUUUUGUAUGUUCAUGGUUCUAUUGAUCCUUGGCAUGCUUUGGGUUUGGUAAAUGCUAAAAAUCCUAAAACACCAACAAUAUUUAUAGAGGGUACCGCCCACUGUGCCAACAUGUACGAACCGAUUAAAUCCGAUCCACCACAAUUAGUGGAAGCCCGCCAUAGAAUUAUAAAGUUUUUGGCUAAACUUUUGGAAAACUAUGCUUUUGCUUAAAAGCAAACAAUAGUGUAAAUACAACGAUAAAAUUUAAAAUAAUUAAAUAUUCUUUAUGUAAAUUAUUAGAUUUAAGUGAAAUUUUUUAAAUAAAAUCAUAAACAAUUUUCAUUGCUCUUAGC